AUGCACCCCGUUCCUCUAUUAUUGUCCCAGCCAUGGCCCCCGAGUGAAGAGAAUAGAUUCCGUAGAGGGAAACACUAACAUACGCAGCGUUAGUGCACGAUAAUAAUAAUGCUCCGAUUCCGACCCAUCCUCCCCAAACCUACCACGGAGAGUGAGCUUUCUGUUACCAACCAAAACGUCGUCGUUUCUAAACGGAGAGCGAAAAGGAAAUACGUUAGGGUUCGAAGGAACAAUAAUGGUAAAUCUUCAAAGAGAUUGGGAAAACGAGAAGAACAAACGGGCUCGCCGGCGCCAGAACACGCGGCGGCGCUUGUGACGCUGCAGCUGAUGCCGGAGCGCGGUGAGGUUUCCGGAGUUUCACGGUGUAAUAGGAACGUUGAUCUUGAUGACCUAACCGUGGAGGAAAUACGAGAUAUGGAAAAUCUAAAAUCGCCGUGCGCGACGGCGGUGGCGGCGGAGGUUGGUGUGGUGGAGUCGUGGGUGACGGUGGAGAGCGUGACGUGCACGUGCAUGGGUGAAGGAGAAGGGUUAGGUUGUACGGACGUUGAGAAGGUGAAGAAUCUAGAAACUGACACGUGUCCAGGGUUUGUAUCGGACGGUUGUUAUAAGGUGCGGUGGGUGAACGACGCGUACAAGAGGAUGGUGAUGGGUGAGGAGCCAUGGCCUGAGAUUGUGGUGUGGUUGAAGGUGAAGGAUAGUGUUGAGUGGUGUUGUUAUUCGUACCCGGCGUUCACUUGCGGGGUGAGGUUACAGUACACGUGGCGGAACGAGAAGUGCACGAAGAUGGUGCCUUGUGAUGUUUGGAGAUUGGACUGUGGUGGUUUUGCAUGGAAGCUAGACGUGAAAGCUGCGCUUAGCUUGGGUCUCUGAAAAAUCACAUAGAUACACGAAUGUGUACAUAUAUAAGGUAUUGUUAUGGUUAAAGUUG